AUGGUGACUCAAGACGUGGAGUUUCGCGACGAAGACUGUGGUGAGCUCUUGAAGCUAUACAAGAGGGGAAAGAGGUUGGGCUGUGGUGGGCAAGGCCAGGUCUUUGCGCUCACCCAUCGCGGGUUUGGUCACAAGAGGUAUGCGGGGAAAAUGUUUCGAUCGAGUAGCGAGGCCAGGAGAGAAGCUAGCAUCAUGGACAUGCUUCACGCUUGCCCCGGAGUCGCCCACCUCGAGGGCUUUGUCAAGGAGAGAGAUGGCGCGCAGUGCUACGGGAGCAUCGUGAUGGAGCUUUGCGGCCCUAGCCUUUUCGAUCGACUGCUCAAGGCCGGGCCGAUGUGCGAGGAGGAUGCGGCGAGGACGAUCAAGAAGCUGGCGGAGACGAUCAAGGAGAUCCACUCCAGGGGAAUCGUUCACCGGGAUCUCAAGCCGGAGAAUGUGUUUCUCAAGCUGGACGCCGCCGCGGCUGACGAUGUUGUGAUUGGAGACUUUGGCAUGGCCACGGACGAUCCGAGGGAGAUGGCGCAGUGCUGCGGGACUGGAAAGUACCUGGCGCCCGAGGUGAUCGCGAUCAAGUUUGGGAAAUCGAGCUACACCGAGGCGGUGGACGUGUGGGGUUUGGGACUCAUCGCCUACGAGCUGCUGAGAGGCUGCACGGAGUGGAGAGUGAUGGAUUUGCUGCGAGCUGGGCGAUUCCCGGAUGGUUUGUUCUCGGAUGGAGCGGCGGAUCUCCUCCGGGGGAUGCUGGCGGUGGAGCCGAGAAAGAGGACGACGCUGGAUCGCGUGCUCGCGCAUCCCUGGAUCGUGAGACAUUGCAGCAGGAGUAAGACCAAGGCGAAGAUCGCCCACACUAAGAUCAUGGCGAUCAUCCAGCGCACUGCUAGUCGCUGUGGAGAUCAUCUCGGGACGACCUUGCAACGCCUAGGAAAGAGGCCGGGAAUCAUCCGGAACGCGCUGAGUGAACGAGAGAGGAGAGCACAGGGUUUCGUGGUAGCGCCUCCUAGGUCGUGGGGAGAGGGAGAGGAAGGGAGGGCUAGCCGCGAGCGUGCAAUGGCGAGAGCUCCGCCUCCCAGGUGGUUAGGGCAUGAGUGA